AUGGAACGACCAGCGAAACGCCAGCGCACGGACUCAGAUUUGGAUAUACAGCCAGAUAUACAAUCACUCGACCCUAGUCAGCCGCCACCGUCGCGUACAUCAUCAUCAUCGUCCCGUCCGACCAAGCCAGCCUCGAGCUCAAGCACACAACAACUAGCACCUCUCCCCGCUCCACACCUCCUCAUAUCUCUCCCUUCCCUGCUCAUGCAUCCCCCAACACACCCUUUACACCCCACCUCACUCAUGCUCUCCCUCACAUCCGUCAAGAAACUGCUUUCCGCUUCCCCACAAUCCUCUUCAGCUUCGUUGAAUCCGGACGUGGAGUGUCGUGCGUGGGUAUCGUGGGCCGAGAUUGGGAUGUGUGUGAUCGAUGGGGGGUGGCAUGAAGUGGAGGAGUGUAGGGAGUGGGCCGGGGGCAUCGUUGGUGAGGUUCAGACUGCUAUUAGCCAAGGCUUACUCAUAGCGCAGAAGAACGCUUCGUUGCGACUAUAUAAGCACCACCUAAACCUGCUCCACGCCCGUCUCUCGCUCUGGCAACACAACCACAAAUUCGCACGCACCAUUCUCCGCCGUCUCCUUUCCUCCUUCACUCCUAUAGACCCUCCCUCGCUCAUCUACAUCACCCACCUAACCCUCAUUCAUCACCUCCUCGCCGCUCCCUCCUCCCCAUCUCCUUCAUCCGCACCAUCGUCACCCUCCAACCCUCUACCCCAAGAUAUCCAAGCCGCUCUCGACGUAUCUCAAGAACUCGAAGCUCUGGCGUUGAAGAACGGACACGUCCACGUCGUCCUUCUCGUUCGUGUUCUUAGACUCGGGACGCUCGUUUCAUGUGGUCUAUGGACCGAAGUCGCACGCGCCGUUUCCGAGACCGAAACCGCUCUCGGUCUAUCUUACAUUAUCCCCUCCACCUCUCCUUCCGCCUCCGAUCCCCCUCCCACCCAUGGGACACCCAAUGCAGGUAGCAAGCGAAAACGCGCCCCAGAUUCGACUCAAGAAUUCGUAGACUACGAAAACCCAUUCGAGACGACGAUGGCGAUCCACACCCUCGUCUGGAGCAUCACUUGGUUCCUCCACGUCGGCGACGCGGCCAACGUGUCCCCGCGGGUUUCCCAUUUACAUAGUUUUUUGGAUUCGGGGGCGUUGGAGAGAGGGGGGAGGGAGGGGAGGGUCGAGAUCGCCCUCCCCCCUGGCCCACCCCUCCUCAUCCAAACAACCCACCCCCGCCUCUUCUUCUUUCUCUCUUUCCUGCUCUCGGCGGUCUCGAAGCGCGACGUCGUGGGACGGAAACCGAAGAGGAGGGUGUUUGCGAGUGAGGGGUUGAGGUUGCUUGAGUUGGAUGAACGGAGGGGUAGGGCUGGGGGAGAAGGAGGAGAGAGUGGGGCACCGGAUAUGUUGCUCCCGCCGUGGGCGUCAUACGGCGAAUUACACGAGGUAGAACAGAGAUUGGCGAGGGUGAAGGCGGAUCUGAUCUCGGAGUUGGUCGCUGUCGCAAUCAUGCGUUCCGAGUUCGACGUCGCUCAGCAGCACCUCACAUCCCUCCUCACCCACACCCUCAACUUCUCCCUUUUCCCCUCCUACGCAGCCCGCAUAACGCUCCAUCAUGCCCAUCUCUAUCAUGGGCUGUUACAGUGGAAGGAGGCGGUGAGGUGUUAUAAAGUUGCGGGGUGGGUCGCUAGGAGGGGUGGGGCGAGCGUUGGUAGUGCGAUGGAGGGAGACGCGGGCAAGGAGAAAGAGAAGGGCAAAACCAAGGCCAAGCUAACUUCGAAGCAGAAGGAUGAGCCCGAGCAUGUGAUGACGGAGGGAGAAAGAUUCGUUUAUGCGUCUGCGAGCGCGGGGGAAGUCUUAUUGAGGAUCGGGAUCCGAGCGAAAGCGAUAGCUAGAGCGCGUGCUCGACAACGCGAGAGGGAUCGGAAAGGUAAGGGGCGGGCACGGGGGAGAAGCGAGAUGACGGAGUCCGAGUUCGAGUCGGAGAUGGGAUAUAGCGAGAGCAGCGAUUAUCCGCCCUCAUCCCAUUUCGACGAAUCCGAAUCCGAAGACGAGUUGGAAGGAGAAGGCGAUGGAGGCAGAGGGCAGGAGGUCGACGACCUCGCGGCCGAGAUAUCCGACGAAGAGCUGGCAGAGAUGGGCAAGGAGGCGGCGGAGGCGUGUAGAGGGCUGGGCGGGACGCUGGAGGCUGUGGGACAUUUGGUGCUUGCGUGUUUGUGUGGGACGAGGGAGAUUAUUGGGGCGAAAGCUCACCUCAAAGCCGCCCUUUCCCUCGCCACCAAAGCACAAGACAACCACCUCCGCGCGCUCAUCCUCGCCCUCGUAUCGGCGCAUUAUCUGCAUACGGCAAGCGAGCACGCGCAGGUCAUGUUGAGGACUUGUGAGCAGCUCGCGGCGGGGUUGGGCGCGGUCGCGAAGGCUACGGCGAAGGGGGCGGGGAAGCCGGUUUCGAAGGGGAAGCCAGUGUCGCAAGGGAAGCCGGUCAGCGGCACAGGGAGGGCGGAGGGACAGGGUGCGAAUGCGAGCGGAGGUGCGGCGUCUGGCGGCUCGAGUGCGGGCGUGAAUGUGGGAGUGGGGCAUGCGCCAUUACGACUCUGGGUUGGUGAGAGGUUCGUGGAGUUGUUUAGGAGGGAGGGAGACGAAGAGAGAGCGAGGAAGAGGGAGGGGGUAAAUGCGGAGUUGGGGAGGGUUGUGGAAGGGAUUGAGCGGUGGGGGAGGGAGGUAGUUGAUGGGGCUUCGAACAGAUCAUGACGGUUGGUGGUAGUGGUGAUGCGUGAUUUUCUUUUGCUGUGUUUACUGAUUUGUUUUUCUUCUUGUUGUGAUCAUUGCCGUGUUC